CAACUUAUAGGCAAAGGUCACAUAUUGAGAAGAAGAAAAUGCUCAGCUCACUCGAUUCGUUUUGCGCCUUUGGUUUUCGUGCUAUUAUCUGCUCCGGUUCUAAAAAUGGUGCCCUGCGCUCGUCUGGCCUUCCAAUGCAACGAAAGAGGAUUGCGUGCAAGACUGUUAAUGUAAUAACUUAAACUUGGAUAGCUUUGAAAGAUUAUUGAUGUGUUAAAAAUUGCAGUAAAAAUAUUUCGCUCAAUUUUAAAUUUGUUUAGGUGAUGAAAAUACACAUUCGCUUGCCGAUUUAAAAUGGCUAUUAGAGUUUAUUUACAAUAAAAUGAACUCGAAACUAUGAUUAAUAGUCUAAUUUUUAGAUAACAAUAGCAAGAAAAUUAUAAUAGCAAGUGUUUCUGUUUGAUAUUUUUAUUGUAGAAAGUUAAUUGCGAUUUGAGAAGAAACAAUUUUUCAGUGAGUAAAAAGGUAAUGAUUGAUACCUGCCAAUCAUUGAUUCGAUUCAUAAAUGAGUCUUUGCAAACUCAGGUGUAUUUAAAUUCUGAGAACAUGCUUUUGCCCACCAGAGUCAAUAGCAGUAGCCUGAUAACGAAGAAAGCCAGCUUAAACAAAAUGACGAUGAACAGAAAUCAGCACUCGGAAACCAGUGUAGACAACUGGAAGAGAUAUGCCCAACGAUGAAAUAUCUCAAAUUGAAAAUUAGUACCUAUUUACACGUGGCAAGGUUUCCGAGGAAUCAGCUCUAGGCGUUUCAAGCAUAACAUAAGAUCUUGACCAAUCCAAUUUAGAUAUUUCUUUGGGGAUUACAUUGCUAAGUCUACUUGAAAAAAUCUUUUCUGUGGGAAAGGUUACCGUUUGUUUCCCAUUUGAAGAUUAGGCAUCAUCAGGAAUUGGCAUCAAGCUUUAGAUCGCAUCUUUACUUAACAUUAAAACAUAGCUCAUUUGAAAUGUCGAACAUGCGCCUGAAUGCAUCUGCUUUGCAGAUUUUUUUAAACAAAAUUAGACGUUUUAUUGUAAGGUGUUACUGUAAACACGUCUUAGCGGCUAAAGAAAACUCUCUAGAUAUAGUAUCUUCACUCUGUUGUAAAGUCAAAUCUGGGAGGCAAUAAUAGCCUGGCAGAUUGUUCGAGGAGUUAGACAAGGAUGCAAACUUGGUCCUAUCUUGUUUGCUUUCUAUUAACCUAACAUACAAAAAUUAUUAGCAAGAUGUAUCCGGGGAUAUGUCUAGAGGUCAUUUUAAUAAAAUUGCAUUGCUCUACUCUGACGUGCUCUUUUUACGAUAGUGCUGAAGUACUACAACAUGAUUUUACCGAACAAGUUUUGGUACUGUUUUUUAAUAGGCAAGUGGCACCGAUUGGGCAAACUCGACAGUCAUGUGCUCGCGUUUAUGAUUGGCCAAAUUUGAUGCAACACUGGGGAUAUAUAAUUCUUAGCGCAGAGUUUUCGAUCCAUGUUCUGAAGUUGUAUACUCUGAAGAGUGUCAUAUGAAAAGCUUAAAAUAUUUGCCCUUUUAAAAGCCAGUUACAAGUAAAAGGGACAUGUGACUGGGUACUCUUGAAAAAUUUGUAUUUGAGAAAGCUUUAAGGAACUUCACUGUAUUGCACUAUUAUCUACCUAGCUUCAGAAGACAACGAAAAGCUUUGCUUAUCGAGCAGUGUCCUGGUCCUUCUUCUCGAUGUGACCACACUUCGUCUUUCCUACGUAUGCAAAUAAAGAGAGCUUGUGACUUUUCUCUCACUGAGAGAAAGUUUUUGAAAAAGUCAUGUCAUGGACUCGAACCACGGACACUUGGAAUAAUCAGCGACGCUGAAUAAUCCCCACACCUAAUUUUCUAUCCUUCAACUUUUAGCUUUAAAUUUAAUAGUGAAUAGUGAAUAAUGCUGUAUUUUUCUCGAGUUUUUAAUCUAUGAUAGCCAAGUUGCCAAGUAAAUGUGACACUGCAAGGAAGUACAAGAAGUCUUGGGAAGUGCAAUAUGUUUGGCUUACAGAGUCUAGUGACGGGAAGGGCAACGGAUACACUGCAAACUGUGCUUUUUUUAUUGCGCACGCGCAUUAUGACGUCAUUAUCUAAUGGGUAAAUUUGGCCUAUAUUGACGUGAUUUGGCUUAUUUUCAUUAAGAGUUUGGCUACUUUGGUUUCAUUAAGAGUACCCAGACCACCUGACAACCCUGCAUAGCAUAGAUUCUUCUUAAAAGAGAGUGUAGUUUUGGAUUCUUAAUCAUAUAAAAAUAGAUUUUUGGGAAACCUUUUAGAGUGAAUACGAGGUAAGGUUUAAUAUGACGUCAUAUUGAAAUCAUACGCCACUGUGUGAAGCUUUAAUUGGACACUUUUUAACGUAACAAGAUAGUUCAUUUGUUCACUGCCGCGAGCUGGUCAUGGUCGAAGAGGAUUCAGUUGAAAAGAAAAUGGAAUUCACAUCCUUAGAUGAACAAGAAGAAGACUGUCAAAAGCCAGAAAUUGAGAUUUUUGAAGGGCCAAUGGCUGUUAUAACACAGGGAGGCAAUGAACUGAUGCAUAGCUACAAUAAUGUUACCCAAAACUUGUUGAGGAAAGUGUGUAUUCUUCAUGAAAAAUUGCAAGACAAAGACAAAGAGUUAUCCAGGCUAACUACUGAAAAUGAACGUCUCUUAGAAAGAAUUCACGAGCUGCUAGUUGGAGCAGAACUGAGAGAAGAGGCCAAAGAAAACAAAGCGAAGGCAAGUUAUUGCAAUAGAAGGAAAGGAAUAAUUCAGCUGGAAAUACACGAAGCAGGAUCCUUGCGAUCGAAGGCAUCUUUUCAACAAGGCCAGUCUUAUUUGAUUGGUUGGCUGAAAGUUUCUUGUCUCCUGGGGCUUACAAUCGGGACAACAGUCUAUUUAAAAAAAGAACUCGAAUUCUAAAUGAUUUUUAGCAUAGUCUAUAGAAGUUUGUAAUUGAGACAAUUUGAAUGAAUUGUAGAUAAAGCAAAUAUUUUUAAUCUUAAUAAAUGGUUAUACUCAGUGUUUGGUUUUCUAGAAAAACCAAUUAAGCUCUUUGAAAGACAAUCUUAGCUAAAAACUAUAAAAUGAGAAAGGAAAUUAUACUUAACAGAAAAAAACAUGAUAACGUCUCCUAAACGUAAAAUAUUUUGUGUCGUGUACUCCAGUCCAACAGCUUCUCAAUGAAAAAACUUCAUGCAGACGACUAAAGUCAAGCUUGCUUUUACAAAAUUUA